CAAAAAUGGUGAGGGCUCCAUGCUGUUGGAGGAAGGGACUAAAGAAGGGUCCAUGGACUGCAGAGGAAGACGAGAUCUUAAGAUCCUUCAUCAAAAAACACGGCCAUGGCAACUGGAGGGCCCUGCCAAAGCAUGCCGGUCUCCUAAGAUGUGGGAAGAGCUGCCGGCUCCGAUGGACAAACUACUUGCGGCCCGAUGUCAAGAGAGGAAACUUCACUAAAGAAGAAGAGGAAACCAUUAUCAAGCUGCAUGCCUCACUCGGAAAUAAGUGGUCACUCAUCGCAUCACAUUUGCCGGGCCGCACGGAUAAUGAAGUAAAGAAUAUGUGGCACACCCGCCUGAAAAAAAGAGUCCUCAACUUGAAAGAACACCGACCUGAUGGCAGCAAUAUAUCCAUUCCCUCAGAGGAGCAAUCUCAAGAGCCAUCAAACUGGGGAUCUCCUCCCCCACCGGGAUUCGAAGUUGGGAGUACGAACACUGUUCAAGUUCAUGACUACCCAAUAUUCUCCCCCCAGCAUGCACUAGAAUUCAACGUUGAGAGUACAAGUACUGUUCAAGUUCCUGAUUAUUCAAUAUUCUCCCCCCAGCAUUCUUACUCUGGAAUUUCACGCGUUCUUACUGGCGGAGCUAAUGACUACAAAGCAGAAACUGUUGGGACAAAUAUCGAUCUUAUUGACUCACUGGGACCCUUUCCCGAGCUCGAUGGAAGUUUCUGGUCAGAUUCAGUUUCAGCUGAUUAUUCAAUGGUGCAGUGGGAAUUUGCUUUUUAUGGUGGAGACAUAUUGCAACUCCCAGGUGAAGUUGAUUCUUUCACCAAAGCUAACAAUGAUCAAAUGGGAAUAUGGCGCGACGACGACCCUAAUCAUUUGGUUUUGAAUGAUGGACUCGACUUCUGGUACGACCUUUUCGUCCAUUCUGAGGGAUUUGGAUCAUCAUCAAACUUUUAGGUCCGGCCUACUGGUUGUUCAAAGGCUCUAUUUAAAAUAAAAAUGACGUGUGUAUACUGUAUGUAUUCUACCAAACUUCUGAUCUUAAAGAGAAUAGAUCCUCCAGA